AAUAUAGUUUUGCAAUGAAGACACAACAAACAAAACAAAAAGCAAAGGCGAUGCAUGUAUAUCAUUGUGCGGAUUAAUUACACAUAACCUAUUCAGCCUUAUUCAUGUUUCUGCAGACUUAAUUACUCACUUAACUUGAACCGAACCAAAAAAUAGCCCGCUAUAUUAUUCUAGAAAAAUGUAUUGUAACUGGCUUAAAUGAAUUUGAACAGGCUUUACGUGUAUUUGCAAUAGGCGUGUUCCCAUGUACGACUUUCCUAUGGGCCCCUGAAGGCAGCACGCAGCAGCAGUGAGCCAGGAGCUACAUGGAAGAGUCAUGCUUUCUUCUAUAUUUUAAUUUUUGGUCAUCAUGGCUAAACAGUACGACAUUUUGUUCCGGUUGCUGAUGCUGGGGGACUCGGGGGUCGGGAAGACCUGCAUGCUGCGGAGGUUCACGGACUCCGAGUUUGAUCCUUCACACAUUUCUACCAUCGGAGUUGAUUUUAAAAUGAAAACACUGGAACUAGAUGGAAUCAGGGUGAGAGUACAGAUAUGGGACACGGCGGGUCAGGAACGCUAUCAGACCAUCACCAAACAGUACUACAGGCGUGCACAGGGUAUCAUCUUCGUAUACGAUAUCACCAGCGAGUCGUCCUUCCAGCACCUGGUGAAGUGGGCCAGUGAUGUGGAUGAAUUUGCUCCAGAAAAGGUGCAGAGGAUCCUGGUGGGGAACAAAUCUGAUGAGGGGCUCAAGAGGACGGUGACAAAGGACCAAGGAAGCAAGCUGGCAGAGGCCUACGGGAUGGAGUUCUUUGAGACGAGCGCCUCCACCAGCAGUAACAUCAGUGAGGCCUUCACUCGUGCGACAGAACUGGUGCUGCAGGCUCACAAGAGACAUGAGGACAACCUGUUGGGAUCUCUCGACGAUUAUCUGGAAAAGGCCGCUUUGGAGGAAGAGAAAGGCAGCGAAGGCAACGACAGCAAGACUCAGAAGACCUGCGCCUGUUAGAAAAGCUGUAGCUUAAGACACUUGUUGCCCACUGUGACUUGACUCAGCCCUCAUAGAUACUGUGACCUGUUGAACAGGAGGCUGUUGGUGCAGUUAGCAGCAGCAGCCAGCAGAGGGCCCACUCAUGCAUGAUCUCUGCAGCCAGUGAAGAGAAUAUUUACAUUGCAUGAAAGUGGCUGUACAUCCAAACUAUCAAUGCACGAUCCCUCUUAAUUUUCACCUUAAAAAUGCACUAUACAUCUACAAAUUGAUUGAUCCAUAUUUAAGAAAUAAGUUCAUCAACUUGAAAAGAAAGUAUAUAUGCAAAUACUAGGCUGCCAGAGGACAUUAAAUUAUUUACACCUCGAAACUCAAACCAAGCAGGGAUUAUUUUACACAAUGGACCUAUUCCUCAACGGAGACAGUGUUGUGCCAUGUUCAGUGACCUUUCUGAAUGCAGUGCAUGUUUGUUUACCAUCCUGAAUGUAUAUGUACUGUUUGUUUUAUGAAUGUGACCGGCAUCGCGUGCUGUUUGCUGAGCAGUGUGAUUGCUGCUGCUGCUUGAAAAUAACAUUGUCAGGGCCGCCGAGGUGCCACAGAUGUCAUUUUAAUGUAAUGUUGUGAAGAUAAAUUACCAAUGUGUAAGUUAAUAAAUUUGAAUUUGCCAUAUUCAAAAGGAAGUAAUUGGGUAUGUGAGCCUUGCUGAGUCACUAAAUUUGGAUGGAGAGUGAAGUUUAGAUGGGUUCAUUCAUUUUUCAUCACCUGCUGUGAAAGACAAGUGAUCACACACUAAAUUUUUGAUGACUGAGGAAACUGAUACGUUUUAGAGAUAUAUA